UCUAUCUAUCUUAACAGAAGACAUAUGGAUCAAGUCCAAAUUCCAACGGAAGGGCAUGAAGCAGCAAACUGGAGACAGAGAUGCAAUCAUAAGUUUCAAAUUCUGAAGGCACAACAGUUCUCCAUUGCCCAUAGUAAAACUCCACCUUCACAACCAAAGUUCUUUUGGGAGAAGAACACUCAGCUUUUAUUUGAACUAAAAAAGGCUGUUCAAGUUGGAAAUAUAGACGUGUUUGUUGAGAUUUUGGAGCUAGCAUGUCGAGAGAAGAACCUACUUUUGUCUGCCAUUUUUUACCAAGACACGCUGGCCGGUGAUUCACUGCUCCAUGAGGCUGCCUAUUUUGGAAGAGCAGACAUUGCAGGUCUGGUUGGCUUUCACUUUCCUCAACUUCUCACCCAUAGAGACAUGAAGCUAGGUGAUACCCCACUUCAUGUUGCAGCAAAAGGAAACAGUUCAGAAGUUAUCAGCGUCAUUCUCUCCCUGUGUGGUGCAUUCGCACAAAAAUCAGUAUCUUUGGUGGAGAAGAUUGAAGCAGAUGAGCAGAUCAUAACAAGAUUAGCCAAUAAAUACGGAAACACAGCUUUGCAUGAGGCUGUUUGUAAGAAGAAUGUUGAUGGGGUCAAACUUCUCUUCCCUGCAGACAGAUGUGUAGCUCAUUAUUUGAACAACUCUGGUCAAUCCCCGUUGUAUUUGGCAGUUCUGAAUGGAAAUAAGGAAAUAGUUUAUGCUCUGUUGGAAGCACCAUUUCCGGAUGACAAGCUUCUGCUCUCAAACUGCCAUGGAAUCUCUCCUCUGCAUGCUGCCAUCGACACAAAAAAUGGAGAUUUGAUAGAGCAGAUAGCAGCGAGAAAACCAGAGCUAAUGUAUGUGAGAGACGAAGAUGGAGGAAAUCCUUUACAUUAUGCAGCAUCUUCAGGUUAUGUUGAAGGCGCUUGUAUCCUAUUAAGCAAAUCUUCUCUAAGUGCCUUAGAACAGAAUGCAAAGGGCCAUCUUCCUAUUCACCUCGCUUGCAAAUGGGGUCAUCUUAAUGUGGUCAAGGAGUUUCUUGCACAAGAAUGGGCAGAUGAUUCUAGAUUAUUGCUCAAUCGUAAAGGUCAAAAUUUGCUUCACCUUGCAGCAAAGAACGGACAACAUAAUGUGGUGAAAUUUUUAUUGAGAAACUAUAAAAAAAUUGACAUAAACGAGCAAGACCAAAAUGGGAAUGCUCCAUUGCAUUUGGCCUCGAAAAAAUCUUUCCCCAACAUUCUUUUCUCUUUUACAAGAGAUAAGAGAAUUGAGGUGAAUCUCUUGAACUAUAAAGGUUUGACUGCACUGGACAUGCUUUUGUUAGAACUGAAUCCUGAAGCUCCAAUUUCACUAAUCCAGUUCCUAUCAAAAGCCAUAUUCGAUUCAGUGGAUGCACUGACAACGGACAAGGGAAGAAGCAUGCUUCGUGAACGGAGAAAAGCACCAAAACUGAAAUGGAUAAAGCGAGGAGCAAACACACUCAUGCUAGUGGCUAUCCUGAUAGUAACAGUGACAUUUGCGGCUGGGUUUACUGUGCCUGGCAAUGUUUACAGUUCUGAUGAUACUGAUAAAGGGAUGGCGGUAUUGGGUAAGAGAACCAUGUUUAAGAUAUUUGUGAUUUUCAACACAGGAGCCAUGUACUGUUCUACACUUGGAUCGCUUCUUCUGAUGUGGGCACAAUUUGGUGACUUCUACUUAGCGAGAAGUGCCUUUUUCUUUGCAUUUCAUAUGGUAGGUUUAGCACUGGUGACAAUGAGUCUAGCGUUCGCGGCAGCAGUGCGGCUGGUUGUGACCAAUGUGUCAUGGCUUGCUGAGCUUGUAACAUCCAUCGGGGUCAUCUUCUUUUCCUUCAUUUUAGGUCAUUACAUUUCAGCAAUUUUUCUACUCGGACUCCACGGACAUCUACUGGGCCGCCAAGUCAGCAAUCUUCUUAUUAGGAUUUUUAUUUUAGUGUAUGGAAGAACUCCCAAGAUAAUGUCUAGGUUCGAAAUUUGAGCGUACUUAAAAUUGAAUUUCACGCCUAAUGUUGACUUGUUUUAAUUAUUUAUCAGCCCUAGUUCCAGUUAUUACAUAUUGGCUAGGACCUGUCGACACUUGUAUAUUUUGCAAGUUCUAGCAUCAGUGGGCAUCCUUUUUUUGGAUUUGUCGUCAGGAUUGAUGAUGUUCUUCUUGCUUACGCAAUGUGUUGUUAGGUGCUGCGAACACAUCCGCACAGAAAGAGCUCUCUCAUUCGCUAUGGUUGAUAUAAGAACUCAUGUCUAGAUUAUAUAUUUUCGUUGGAAAAAGAGUGACCUCCAUCUGAGGAUGGCUAUUUCAAGAUAUGGGAGUCCUGGUGUGUAUAAGAAGUGAUGAGCAUUUCAGAAAUAAGACGUGCGAAAUUAGGAACAAUAAGGAAGGAGAUGCGAUU